UCAUUAUCGAAGCUUCGUCGUCUGAGCACUACGAGCCACCCCGUGUGAGACCCAAUGACUAUCCAUCCAGGGACCACGGGACACACAUGUUCGUUAUAAGGUUACCACAGCUUGCCGUCUUAGCGAAGAUUUUGUGCCUCCUGAUGGUGGUGAUGUGCGGGGCGGUGCCGGCGAUGGUGCGCUCCGUGAGUCUCUACUCGACUUGCAGCAGCGGCAAUGUUACCGUAACACAUCGCUCGAUCGUAGCCGCGGGACGCACCGAACUCAAUGCACCCUACCAGAUGCUCACUACACAAUCGGAAGAUUUCAGUAGGAAGCUGUAUAUCUUUGCGGAGAAGAUCGAACGAUACAUUUGCUUCACCAAGAAGUGGAAACUCGUGUCGAGGAGAAACAGGGGUCCGAUGUGCCAGUUUUACGAGUUUUACAACGGCUCGUAUCUGAGGUAUAGGAGCGUCAAGAACGAGUCGCGAUACAUAGGCUUCAAUAAGAAUGGCAGGCCGGUGAGAAACCCCCACGCAAGACAGCAGUGCUUCAACUUCAUCAAGUACAAUCCCCACGCCGACAUUAACCACCAUAAUAGCGUAUUGAACGCGGAAAUCGGCGGUAUGGGGCUGCAAUACACGCAGAGAAAAACAUUGUCGACGACGGAGGUGCCGAACAACUUCCGUCCCGGUAGCACGAGAGGUCACACAACGCGCCGUCAUCGGCACUCGUAUCAGAAGAUGCGGCAAAACAGGUCGCACUCGGUAUCCCAAAGACGGCAGGAGAAUCGUCAUAGUACCGUCAUCGAUGCCAGCAAGUAUUGAGCCGCGCGCGCGGGCUCGCCGAUCAAGACUGCCUCCUCCCGUUACCGUGAGAGAACCUGAGAUCAGACUGCCAAAUUACGCUGGUGGAUCGCACGAUCGGGAUGUCAAGAGAGCCUCACUUAACGGCGCCGCGAGUGUGCGUUAAGCGACUCGAAGCACCGCCGUUCGUAUAUAUUCCGCAUUCGAUGACCGGCCGGCGAAAUUGAGGGCGAAGGCGCGGCUCGCUCGCUCGCGCGCGCUUCGAGCAUAAGCUCAUCAUAGCGCUCGUUCAGUUUCCGUCUUACCGCCCGGAGCGAGGCAAUAGCGUUUCCGGGGCGGGACACGGGAUGUUGUCGUCGUGAGAUAGCGUUUUAGAUCCCCGGCGAAAUGCGCACGUGAAUGAAAGCGUGCGCGCGAGAUCCCCGGCGACGAUGAAGCUAUCUUAAGUUUUUGAAGUUAAGUUCGAUUUGUACACACUUGCCCCGACUGACCCUUUCAGGCAAGUACGUAUCUCGUAAUAAUAAUAAGAGCGUUUCUUUCUACCGAUUUCUCUUUAAGAUUCUCUCUCUCUCUCUCUCUCCCUCCUCUCCUAUUUUUGUCUUUCCUUUAUCACUCAUUCUCUCUCUCUCUCUCUCUGUCUCUCCCUGUCUUUCUGUUUCUCUUCUCGUGACGAGAAUCUAAAUUAGUGUAUAUAUUUUUUUCUUUCGCACUCGGUGCUGCGCGUCGCGAUAUAAGCGCGCGAUACCGCGUUAACUUAUCUAAAUUCAUUCGAGCCAUUAUUGCCCGGUCGAUCGUUUUGGCGAUGCGAACAAACAAAAAAAAAAAAAAAGCAAUUUCACGUCGUGUAAAGAUCCUGAGCGCAACCGAACGGCUGCUUCGAGCGCGAUCACCCCGGCCCCCGGCAAUGGUAGCGCAAAGAGACGCGCGGACAGCGUCACAGACACGUGUUUCCCGACUUGCCCGACAGAGGAAAUACAAAAUUAACGUAAAUUUAUUAAUACGAUAUAAGUUCGAAAAUAUAAUUUGCAAACUUGAUUAGCUCGAUAUAUAAAAAAAAAAAAAAACAAAAUAAUAAACUUUUGUAUAUAAACAAUUUGACCAAGGCGCAUAAUUGUGUAUAGUAUAUAGCUGAGAAAAAAAAACAAUUAUACUUGCAUCAACUCUUUGCGGUCGUAAGACGAUAACUCUCUCCCUCCGGUGGCUUGUCCGGGCGUCGAUCGUCUUCCGACCGCAACGGAUAGUCAAAAGGCACGUGUAACAAAUUGACGUUUUGUGUAGCUUUGUGUCAGCGAGAACAAGCGACCGAUGGCACCAAAAAUUCAUCCAAAUUUUGCUCUUUCCCGUUACGCGAUGUAGUAGGGCGCGAAAAAAAAAAAAAAAAAAACAAAUUCACGAAAAUUUUCGGCACGAUUGGUUUUCUCGGCGAAAUUAAAAAGCACAGAAAACGCUGUCGGCGCUGGUCCAGCGAGGAAAUAUUUGUCACGUUGCGGACGCUCGUACGUCGCCACUCUCUACGCCCGCUGCGCAGUAUAGGAGCUCACGCCGCGCAAGACUCUCUCGCUCGCUGUGCUAAUUACGCCGCCUAACGUAGCGUGCGUGCGUGCGUGCGUGCCUGCCCGCGUGUAUGAAAUAAUGUGUGCGUUGGCCUGCGUUGCGUACGUGCGUGCUCGCGACGACGUACAACGGCCAGGCCUUCUUACACCACCGCCGACGCACAAACUCGCGGCACGAUCGAUUACGAACGUGCCGGAGUCCGACGACAGUUAGUUACUCUUUCGAGCUUUCUUCAAUAAUUCAAGCAUUGUUCUUUCGAGAUAUAUUUCUAUAUAUAUAUAUAUAUAUACACACACAACACACACAUGUGUAAUUAUAUAUCAAAAUUGUAUCUCUCUGAAUUAAUUAAGUAGUUUCGGGAAAGAUAGAGGAGGACACGCGAAAUAUUUCAGAUGCAGGACAUUUGAAUGGCUCUUGAUGUUGUAAAAAGACAAAAUUUUAUUAACGACAAGUAAGAUAUAUAAGAAAAAAAGGCUGCACGAGUGCCGCGUUUAG